AUGACUAACUUUCAGAGGAAUAGUCUUGGGGACAGGGACGUUGAUCAGGCCAUUACUGCCUUGAAGAGAGGAUCAUAUCUACUGAAGUAUGGGCGCAGAGGGAAGCCGAAGUUUUGCCCAUUCCGGCUUUCUAACGAUGAGGUGACACUAAAAUGGUAUGCUGGCAAAGAGGAGAAACAGCUUCGAUUAACUAAUGUUUCACAGAUUAUACCUGGACAGCGUACGGCCAUUACUGCCUUGAAGAGAGGAUCAUAUCUACUGAAGUAUGGGCGCAGAGGGAAGCCGAAGUUUUGCCCAUUCCGGCUUUCUAACGAUGAGGUGACACUAAAAUGGUAUGCUGGCAAAGAGGAGAAACAGCUUCGAUUAACUAAUGUUUCACAGAUUAUACCUGGACAGCGUACGAUAUGCAAAGACAAGGAUGAAGCCGAAAUCUGGUUUGUUGCCCUCAGGGCAUUAAUUUCUCGGGUUAAAUGCCAACAAUGGAGAAGUGAGGCUAGAAGUGAUAGCAUAUCAUCAGAUAGUUCAAGAGCCCUUACACAAAGAAAUUCUCAGUCAAUUGCAUCAACUAGCAGCAGUGAUAUCGUUUAUGAGGAGCCAAGAAAUAAUCAAACAAUUCUAGUUCCUUUCAAGAGUCCCCCACAAAAAAGAUUGGGAAGAACAUUUUCGGAUGUCUUGCUGUACAAUGAAGUAGCCGAAAGUCCCCAACAGACAGAAUUUCUAGUCAACUCCCUAUGUUCACUGUCUUCUGGAGGUUUAGAUGAUCCAAAUGGGAGGAGCUCGUCAGAUACUUUUCGAGUGAGUUUAUCCGGUGCCAUAAGUUUAUCUAGCCAGGGAUCUUCUCUUGACGAUUUUGAUACCGUAACUGAUAUUUUCAUUUGGGGAGAAGGAAUUGGCAAUGGGCUGCUGGGUGGUGGUGUGCAUAGAGUUGGAAAAUCAUCAACUGCCCGUGUAGAUGCACAUUUACCGAAGGCUCUGGAAUCAACUUUUGUAUUUGAUGCACAAAAGAUGGCUUGCGGUAGUAGACAUGCCGUGUUGGUCACCAAACAAGGGGAGAUUUUUAGUUGGGGAGAGGGUUCAGGUGGCAAGCUUGGGCACGGAGUAGAAGCUGAUGUCUCCAAUCCAAAGGUCAUCAGCACUCUCAGUGAACUGAACAUUGAGUCAGUAGCAUGUGGAGAAUAUCAUACUUGUGCUGUAACACUAUCUGGGGAUCUUUACACAUGGGGUGAUGGAAUCCACAAUUUUGGUCUUCUUGGGCAUGGUGCUGAACUCAGUCACUGGACCCCUAAAAAAGUAAUGAUGGAGGAUAUGUGUGUAUCUUCUAUCUCUUGUGGACCUUGGCAUACAGCUGCUAUUACAUCAGUGGGUCAGUUGUUUACGUUUGGAGAUGGAACUUUUGGUGCCCUAGGCCAUGGCAAUUGUAGGAGCACAAGUACUCCAAGGCAAGUUGAAACCCUGAAAGGACUUUGGACUUUGAGGGUAUCUUGUGGUUAUUGGCACACUGCUGCUGUUGUAGAUGUUACUUCUGAACCUUCAAGUUUGGGUAUCUCUUCUGCUGGAAAGCUGUUCACCUGGGGGAGUGGGGAUAAAGGUCAGCUUGGACAUGGUGAUAAAGAACCUAGACUUGUUCCAUCUCCUGUAAAGUUGUUGGAUGACACAAACUUUUGCCAAGUAGCCUGUGGUCACAGCAAUACAAUCGCUCUCACAAACUCAGGAAAAGUGUAUACUAUGGGGAAUGCUGAUCAUGGACAACUUGGGAGUCCAGGCACUGCUGGUAUCCUUCCUACUUGCAUUGAAGGAAAAAUCAGAAACAAUUUCAUUGAAGAGAUAUCCUGUGGUUCUCAUCAUGUUGCUGUUUUGAGUUCAAAAUAUGAGCUUUACACUUGGGGAAAGGGAACAAAUGGUCAAUUAGGGCAUGGAGACAAUGAUGACAGGAACAUUCCUACACUGGUAGAAGCUCUAAAAGACAAACAAGUGAACACUGUGGUAUGUGGAUCCAAUUUCACCGCUGCAAUUUGCCUUCACAAAAGGGUGUAUUAUGCUGAUCAUUCCAUAUGUUCUAGUUGCCGUAAUCCUUUUAGUUUCAGAAGGAAGCGUCAUAACUGCUACAACUGUGGGCUACUUUUUUGCAAAUCGUGUAGCAGCAAUAAAUCGUUAUAUGCUUCUUUGUCUCCAAAUAUGGACAAACCUUAUCGUGUAUGUGAUGAUUGUUUUAUUAAACUAAACAAGGGCAAGGAAACUGGGUUGAGCAAUCGACCUCCCAAAGUCAUGAACAGAAAUAUACAUCACAAUUCUGGGGAUGUAAAGGAGAAAGGGACCACAAAUCCUAAAUCUCAUGGCCUACUCUCCAGGUUGUCCUCAUUCGAUUCAUUCAGACGGGCCAACAGCCAUUGUUCCAAACAGAACCAUAAAGUAGCCUCAAGCAAUGGUCAUGUCUCUCCAAUUCACAAUAGAAGUUUUCAGAGGGGACAAUCUUUUACAUCAAAUUCUUCAACUUCUAUAUUUGAAUGCUCAGAGGACAUAUCUGCUUCUAUUCCAGGUUCAAUGACACAGUCCCGAGGAGUCUCUCCUAUUUCUGUAAAAUUGAGUCCUCCUCGUGCCAUAACAAUUACAUCAGCAUUUGCCACUCUGGUGUAUCCCGAAGUAAUUUCUGAUGUUUCAAAGCUAACAAAUGACGACCUCACCCAGGAUAUAUCCAUUCUAAGGGAACAGGUGGAGCUUCUCACUCGCAGAUCUAAACACCUAGAAGCAGAACUGGAAAGAACAUCAAGACAACUGGACGACGCGACUGAAUUAGCCAGGGACCAAGCAGAGAAAAACAAUGCUGCAAAGGAAGUAAUCAAAUCUCUAAUGAAACAGCUGAAGGACAUGGCUGUAAAAGUGCCUCAGGGAUCUACUUUCUGCAGAAUAUCAGGUUCACUUGCUGAAAACACCUCCAGUACUCUAAGCCUAGUCUCGCCUCUACUUGGAACCAAUUGA